UUAAUUUGGGGAGAAGAAAAAUGGUACGAGUCUUCAUUCUUAUCUAAAAAAGAAAAAGCUAAAGAGAUUGAGAAUAGUGACGUCAGUUCCAGCCCAUAGAGAGAUGCGAACCUAUAAUCGAAUCUGAUCCUCUGAAUAUUCACCCAACAAAACACCACAUCCUCACAAAAUUACUAUUUUACCCUUUCUUACCAGAAAAAAAAAAACACAUUUAACUCUCAAAGAUUCGUUUAGGUACGCGACGGCCCGACCUCGAUCCCCUUCACUUCUUUGUUCCAAAACCUAAACCAAAACUCUCUCUCUCUAUCUCUAUCUCUAUCUCUAUCUCUUCAAAUAUCAAAACAUUGGAAUCAAUUUCUCUAUGUUUUGAUUCCAUUUUAAAGAUCCAAUAUUCCUUCUCCAUUUGAAAAGUAAGCUUCUUUGUUCGCUGUCGUCUCUCUGUAGAUCUAUCUACCCAUUUGGUUCUUGGUCCCUUUAGAAUAAUAAUGAUGGUGGAGAUGGAUUACGCUAAGAAAAUGCAGAAAUGUCAUGAAUACGUUGAAGCACUUGAAGAAGAACAAAAGAAAAUCCAAGUCUUUCAACGCGAGCUUCCUCUAUGUUUAGAGCUUGUUACUCAAGCGAUCGAAGCAUGUCGGAAGGAGUUAUCUGGUACGACGACAACAUCAGAACAGUGUUCAGAACAGACAACAAGUGUUUGUGGUGGUCCUGUUUUUGAAGAGUUUAUUCCUAUCAAGAAGAGGUCGUUGUGUGAAGAACAAGAAGAAGAUGGUGAACAUGAAUCUUCUCCAGAGCUUGAACAGAUUGGUAAUAAUAAGAAAUCUGAUUGGCUUAGAUCUGUUCAGUUAUGGACUCCAUCACCAGAUCUUAACCCGAAAGAGGAGCGUGUAGUUAAGAAAGCGAAAGUAGUGGAGGUGAAACCAAAAAGCGGUGCGUUUCAGCCGUUUCAAAAGGAGAAAAAACGCGUUUUGGAGACUGAUUUGCAACCGGCGGUGAAAGUAGCUAGUUCGACGCCGGCGACGACGACGAGUUCUACGACGGAAACUGGUGGUGCUAAAAGUGAGUUGGUUAAAGUGGGAGAGGAGCAGAGACAGAUAGAGCAGCAGCAAUCGCAGUCGCAAACGCAUAGAAAACAAAGGCGGUGCUGGUCGCCGGAGUUACACCGGCGAUUCCUAAACGCGCUUCAGCAGCUUGGAGGAUCUCAUGUUGCUACUCCUAAACAGAUUAGAGAUCAUAUGAAAGUCGAUGGGUUAACAAAUGACGAAGUUAAAAGCCAUUUACAGAAAUAUAGACUUCACACAAGAAGGCCAGCAGCAACAUCGGUGGCGGCACAGAGUAAUGGAAACCCGCAACAACCGCAGUUCGUGGUGGUUGGAGGCAUAUGGGUACCAUCGCCACAAGAUUUUCCACCACCGUCCGAUGUAGCCAACAACGGUGGUGUAUAUGCUCCGGUUGCGGUGGCGCAAUCUCCAAAACGUUCGGUGGAGAGAAGUUGUAACUCGCCGGCAGCAUCUUCCUCUACAAAUACAAAUACUUCUACUCCUGUAUCAUAAUCAUCUCGUGAUUUGGUUUUGGUAGGUUUAAUAAUGUUAUGUGAAUGUAAAAAAAAAAUUCGUCCGUUUUGUUUGUAACCAAGAAAUGUUAUUUCCUAGGUUGGAAAUUUUGAAUAAAGUAGACGAAUGCUAUGUAGUAUAUACACGAGAGAUAAGUAAAGAAUCUUUGUUUUUCUAACU